CUUCGUCGCUAAGGCAGCAGCAGCAGCAACAAGAAACAUGGCGGACAAUACAGCUAAACGUGAAUUAGAUGCUGCUGGAUCUGAUGAAUUAUCUCCGGAGGUGAAGAGGGCGAAGACCGAGGAUGAGAAUGGCGGAGAAAACGGGAAAGAGGCGGAAUGUGAAAAUGUUCUGUCUGGGUUUAAAACCUCUAGCGUCUUGAGAGAUUCUGCCCGGGAGAAAAACAUAUUUAUCCACGGAAAGGUUGCUGAUCAGGACGCUGUGGUUAUCCUGGAGAAGACUCCCAUCAGAGAGGACACCCUGACCGAGCUGUUCACUCACUCCACUCUCAAGCUGGUGAUGAAAAACGACAUCUACAGCACCUAUCAGCUCCAGCCUCCUCCACGCUUCAAUGAGAUUAAGACCACAGUGGUGUGUCCGGCCACAGAGAAACAUGUAAAGAAAUACCAGUGUCAGGAGUCUUACCUGAUGGAGGAGACCGGGGACGACUACCAGUCCAUCACUCUUCCCUAUAUCCAGAAGCAGGGUUUCAGCGUGCAGUGGGUUUACAACAUCCUGGAGAAGAAGGCAGAGACUGAGAGGAUAGUUUAUGAAGAUCCAGACCCUGAGGUUGGCUUUGUCCUCCUCCCCGAUUUCAAAUGGGACCAAAAACAGGUAGAUGAUUUAUAUCUAAUUGCUAUAACACAUCGGCGAGACAUUAAGAGUCUUAGAGACCUGACGUCGGAGCACCUCCCGCUGCUGCAGAACAUGUUCCAGAAAGGAAAGGAGAUCAUCCUGCAGCGCUACAACCUUCCAGCCAGUAAGCUGAGAGUCUACCUGCACUACCAACCGUCCUACUACCACCUGCACGUCCACUUCACCAAGCUAGGCUACGAGGCUCCGGGCUGCGGCGUGGAGCGCGCCCACCUCCUGGCGGACGUCAUCCAGAACCUGCAGUCUGACCCCCAGUACUACAAAACCCGGACGCUGUACUUUCCCCUGAGGGCAGACGACGGACUGCUGAGCAUGUUCAAGGAGGCAGGAAAGCUGUAACGGACUGAACGCUGAUAUCGACCUGUUCAAAGGAUUCCAUCCAAACUGUGUUUUUAUAGAGUCAGUGUUUUUAUCUGCACUAUUUGUACGGUGCCACGGCUGCAAAUUUUUACAAAUAAUGUAUAUUCAACUUUUUGAUGUGGUUUUCUAAUCAUGUUCUUCACGAGGAGAAGACGUGAUAAAACAGUGGUGAACAGUUUCCGUUUGUUUUCUAAUCCAACUGAAUUAAAGUCGUUAUUUCUACU